AUGACUGAGUAUAAGGAUUUAGGUCACAUGACCGAAGAUCCUAAUGCUUCUAAAAAAUCGGAAACUUCCACAGGAAUCUCGAUAAACGAUACUCUCAUGGUCGGUCCAAGUAUUCAGGAAGAUCUUUUCUCAUUGCUUAUUCGAUUCCGAUCACAUGCAUAUGCAAUGACCGCCGACAUUGAGAAAAUGUAUCGAGAAAUCUAUAUCCACCCUGAUGAUCACAAAUUCCAAAAAAUCUUGUGGCGUGAGAACCCGUCUCAGCCUGUAAAAAUGUUCACGUCGAAUACCGUAACAUACGGUAACUCUUCCGCUUCGUUCUUAGCCACCCGGUUAUUAGUCCAAUUGGCUAACGAUGAAGGUGAAUUAUUUCCUAAUGCAUCUGUAGCACUGAAGGAGGAUUUUUAUAUGGAUGAUUUGUUAACGGGAGCAAAUACCUUUGACGAAGCUGAAUCUCUAAUUAACGAAUUAAAAGCAGUUACUCGUAAGGGUGGCAUGCAUCUUAGACAGUGGGCUUCCAAUGAUCCUGAGCUUAUCAACACUGUAUCAGAUGAUACCAAAAACUCUCACCUACAGUGGGCUUCCAAUGAUCCUGAGCUUAUCAACACUGUAUCAGAUGAUACCAAAAACUCUCACCUGUUUUUGAAUCUGGGAGAGACAACUAUAACGCUCGGUGUUUAUUGGAACCCCCAAUUAGACAUAUUCAAGUAUACUGUUCAUUCGCCAAAGGUCGUUGCUCUUGUGACAAAGCGAAUAAUACUCUCACAGAUCGCUCAGCUGUUCGACCCUCUCGGAUUACUGGGUCCGGUUAUCUUACGAGCUAAAAUUCUAAUGCAAUCCUUGUGGGAUUCAAAGCUGGAUUGGGACGAUCCUGUUCCUGAGGAAAUACACGUAGCUUGGCUCGAAUAUUAA